UCUUCUUGACCACCACCAGACUAGAACUGCAAAAUUUGUCUCACUUAAACCCUAAAAACCUCCAUACCCACCAUUUGUAACUCCUCUUUCUAGCUAAAAAUGAUAUCUUCUUCUCCUUCCUCGUCUAUCCCCUGCCUUAACCAGAAGAAUUCCUCUCCCUUCGUUCCCAGAUUAUCUUUCUCAGCAAAUGGUCGUCGAACAACCCUCUGUAAGGGUCGUCGUCAAUUCGUAAUAAGAAGCUCAUUUACUCCAAUGGAGUCUGCCAAAAUCAAGGUUGUGGGUGUCGGCGGCGGCGGCAACAAUGCAGUUAAUCGCAUGAUUCUUAGUGGAUUACAUGGUGUUGAUUUCUACGCGAUAAACACUGAUUCUCAAGCUCUAUUGCAAUCCGCUGCCGAGAACCCUAUUCAGAUUGGAGAGCUUUUAACUCGAGGACUUGGUACUGGAGGUAAUCCACUGUUGGGUGAACAAGCUGCAGAAGAAUCGAAAGAAGAAAUUGCUGCUGCUUUGAAAGGUUCAGAUUUAGUUUUCAUAACUGCUGGUAUGGGUGGAGGUACAGGAUCCGGAGCUGCCCCAGUUGUAGCCCAGAUUUCAAAGGAUGCAGGUUAUCUAACUGUUGGUGUAGUUACCUAUCCUUUCAGCUUUGAAGGACGCAAAAGAUCAUUGCAGGCAUUGGAGGCCAUCGAGAAGUUACAGAAUAACGUUGACACACUCAUAGUCAUUCCUAAUGACAGGUUAUUAGAUAUAGCCGACGAACAUACGCCCCUUCAAGAUGCCUUCCUGCUUGCUGAUGAUGUCUUACGUCAAGGCGUCCAAGGAAUUUCAGACAUAAUAACAAUACCUGGACUAGUGAAUGUGGACUUUGCAGAUGUGAAAGCAGUAAUGAAGGAUUCAGGAACGGCGAUGCUUGGUGUAGGGGUUUCCUCGGGCAAGAAUCGAGCCCAAGAAGCAGCUGAACAAGCCACUCUGGCUCCUCUUAUCGGCUCAUCAAUCCAAUCCGCUACUGGAGUUGUCUACAAUAUCACAGGCGGAAAGGAUAUAACUUUGCAAGAAGUUAAUAGGGUUUCUCAGGUUGUUACGAGUUUGGCGGAUCCUUCUGCUAAUAUAAUUUUUGGAGCUGUUGUGGACGAGAGGUACAACGGGGAGAUUCAUGUGACAAUUAUAGCAACUGGUUUUUCGCAGUCAUUUCAGAAGACACUCUUAACUGACCCUCGAGGGGCAAAGAUAGUUGAGAAUGGACUGGGAAUUCAGGAAAAAGUAGCUGCGCAGCUAAAAUCAUCGUCUCCAAAUUCAAACUCAUCUCGUCCUCCUAAACGAGGGCUCUUUUUCUAGUGAUUUUGUAAAUUAAGUUUGUUUUUCUAAUCAUCGAUAGCUAGGGUUGUUGUCUCAUUUUCCCUCUUCUUUGGUUUGGCUUUAGUAUUUUUAGCUGCAUAUGUAAUUUUUUGUGUGAAAUGACAGUGUUUGUUCAUUCAUUGCCCAACCAUUUAAGUAUUGGUGGCGCUUAAGUCAAAUUGCUAAACUGAAUAUAAUGAUUUUUGAUUGUGCAUUUCAAUCUAUAAACUGACUGAGUUAUUAUUUUUA